CACGACAGUAACACGCUGAUAAUCUCAUUUCAAAAACUGCGUCGGCUGUCCGCUAAGCCGCGCCAGUGAGAGGGCCCACAAGAGCGGUGGCCCCCACUCCUCCCCCUCUCCGCACAUCUUCCCACUUUUUCGCCCCUUCUGACGUCAGCAACCUGCAAGUGAGCGAUUGAAGGAACGAAGCCCCGACUGUGGCCCUACGGGAGAUUCCGGGAGGCAGCCUGUCGACACUUUGGACACACCGGAGGAUCCCAACGCACGAAGGUCGACGCGAACAAUGCGAGCAGCCCAGUAACGGAGUCAAAACAACCAGAACCGCCGCCGGCCGUGAUUUACGAGUCAGAAAACGUCAAGAAGAAGACUCGCUGGAGGACAAACGGCUCCAUUGCAGUCCACGUCUAGAGGCUACGUGGUGUGUGGUUCCGUGGAGCAAAACGAGCGGAGUCGAGGUUUUAAAUGUUCUAACAGUACCACGCCGCUGUGAGAGCGCACGAGAGAGGGAUCGAAGCAGUGCCACAACCGGGAUUUGCCAGCCUUUUUUCUUUCAAUUGCAUUCGAUACCGGUCACACUAUCAAGCUGUGUUCUCUAGCCAUGGGAUGUACUUUGAGCGCAGAGGAGAGGGCGGCUCUGGAUCGGAGCAAAGCCAUCGAGAAGAACCUCAAGGAAGACGGCCUCACCGCGGCCAAGGAUGUCAAGCUGUUGCUGCUCGGGGCUGGAGAGUCAGGGAAAAGCACCAUCGUGAAACAGAUGAAGAUCAUCCACGAAGACGGUUUCUCCGGUGAUGAUGUAAAGCAGUACAAGCCUGUUGUUUACAGCAACACCAUCCAAUCGCUGGCUGCCAUCGUCCGUGCCAUGGAUACACUGGGCCUUGAGUAUGGAGAUAAAGAGAGGAAGGCGGACGCCAAGAUGGUAUGUGAUGUGGUCAGUCGUAUGGAGGACACAGAGCCUUACUCCACGGAGCUGCUGUCCUCCAUGAUGCGUCUCUGGUCCGACUCUGGGAUCCAGGAAUGCUUCAGCCGGGCUCGGGAGUACCAGCUCAACGAUUCAGCACAGUACUACCUAGACAGCCUGGAUCGGAUUGGGGCUGCCGACUACCAGCCAACAGAGCAGGACAUUCUGAGGACCCGGGUGAAGACUACGGGCAUUGUGGAGACACACUUUACCUUCAAAAACCUCCACUUCAGGCUGUUUGAUGUCGGAGGCCAAAGGUCAGAGAGGAAGAAGUGGAUCCAUUGUUUUGAGGACGUCACUGCCAUAAUUUUCUGUGUGGCACUCAGUGGAUACGACCAGGUGUUGCACGAGGACGAGACCACGAAUCGCAUGCAUGAGUCUCUGAUGCUGUUUGACUCAAUCUGCAACAACAAAUUCUUCAUCGACACCUCCAUCAUCCUCUUCCUCAACAAGAAAGAUUUGUUUGCAGAAAAGAUAAAGAAGUCAGCACUCAGCAUCUGUUUCCCUGAGUACACAGGACCAAACACCUAUGAGGAUGCAGCAGCUUACAUCCAAGCACAGUUUGAGAGCAAGAAUCGCUCCCCAAAUAAGGAAAUCUACUGUCACAUGACCUGCGCCACAGAUACAGGGAACAUCCAGGUGGUGUUUGAUGCCGUGACCGAUAUCAUCAUCGCCAAUAACCUCCGAGGAUGUGGCCUGUACUAAGCACCCCCAUGUAAUACCGCCAUCCAACCACCCACCCACCCGCUCCUUCUUUUCUCCUCCCUGUUCUCUUGCACCUCAUCCUUCUCCUCAUCCCUCUUCCUCUGACACUGCUGUGGAAAUGAUGAUGAUGAUGAUAAUGAUAGUGUUUAUUUAAAAAGAAUAAUAAAGAGAAAAAUAAAACUAGGUACAUAUUAAUUACAUAAUUAAAUAGAAAAAAUAGACAUACACAUCCACAUACACGGAUACACACGCAUAUAUAUACAGUAUGUGUGUGUAUGUAAUGUUUUUUUGUUCUUUUCCCUUGCUCUGUCUUUUCCCCUGAUGUUCUCUGGCCUGCUGCCAAACAAACCACAAAAUGUGUUUUAGAACGAAACACAAAACUCUGCAGCCUUGAAAACUUCUCGAACAAAGUUGAUGAAAGUCUCUAUUCUAGUCUGAUUUUCUUUUCCAGUUUUGUCCUUGUUGCGAAUGAAAUCCCUUUUUUUAUUACCUUGGAUCUGAAUUGUGUUUUAUUUUUGUUGAUUUUGUCUAUAUUUAUUACAUCAGCCUGUACACAGAUUUGUAUUCACAUUUUGUCUCACCUGACACAUAUGUUGUAUAUUAUUACGUUUCUUGAUACAGUAGUGUUUAUGUAGGAGCUAUUUUGAUUAAAAUGUGAAAAUGUCUUUCACUUAAAGAAUAUUGAACAUGCCGGCUGAUCGUAACCUUUGAAAAACACUCAAGGCCUGCUGAAACUUUCAAACACAAAUUAAUUUAACAUUUGUCUUUUGUUUACAUUAUCAAAGACACUUUGGAGCCCUUAAUUGCACAUUUUUUUUUCAAAUUGAAUGACUUUCCUGUUCCACAAAGAGUCCUGACAUAAACAGGAAGUGAGGCGUUCUUUAGCCUGACAGCCAAUGGUGACACAUGCUGGUACUGUACUGUAGGUAGUAAUGCCUUUAGAAGCGAGUACACGUUCUAACUACCUUUCUCACAAUUAUAACCUCUACUAAUAUUCUCGGUGUACGGAAGUCCAGUCCUGGUUUGAAAACGAUUGAUUAAUUUAUGAAUUUAUUUAUUGAUGAUCACAUCCUGUUUCAGACACACUUACAGUAUACUGUAUAUCAGAGUAUGUCUUUCUCUACAUUUACAAUAUACACCGUCAUGCCUUUACAUCCAUCUCUCAGCUCCAUCCAUGCAUGGCACCCUGGCAUACGGCUAUUAUUGGAGGUGGGGCAGGGGGUGAGAUUGUCAUAAGGGGUCAAAAGCCCUCUCUCCCUCCUUCCUUCUGUCAAAGCCCUUGACAAGGAUAGCAUGACAUUUCUGAAACCUUUGUAUAAAGUGACCAGUUCUUGCAAAACUGGAAGAAGAAAAAAAAACCCUCCUAGGUAUUGUUCCUAUUUUUAAAAAAGUCAGAAAAAAUGGAAAAAUAAAUAAAAGCAAUUUAAAAAUAUAUAUAUCAAUUAAUCACUCAAUCAAAUGGAAAGAUGAGAGCCGUAAUUCAAAGUGGGAGAUAGCUGUGAAUAUUCUCAUUCAUCCAGGUUAUUUCAGUGCCAAGGCAUUGAAUUGAGAGCAACUGGACUGCUUUGGUCGUUUUAGAAAUCGAGUCAAGUUCAUUUGUACAGCCCUUAAACACAAAAAAAAGUCUCAAAAGGCUUUGAAGAUGUUUGGUGGCUGCGACACUUGAGAGCCAAAAGUGGUCACAGGUGCCUACUUUCACUUGCCUGUACCACAAUUGUUACAACCAAAUGGAAUAUUAACGAGAGUGAUAAAUAGUUGUUUCAACACCAAAUACUCAGGCUAAAGAUGUCUUCUCUACUCAAUGUGCAUGAACUGAUUAAAGCCUGUUUGAAUGAGAGGCGAAUGUUUUCUAAGACAACCGGAACAAUCUAGUUGCGAUCCUAUGUCCCGAGAAGGAAAGAGAAGGUUUCUUCUUUAAUGCAACCAACUGCUGUUUAAUCAAGCAUGACAAUUAAGGUUUUGAAAAUUAAAUGGCUCUGUAGGACACUGUUGUAACGAUACGAACAUAGAUUUUGGAAUUCUUCUAGUAACAUCAAUGUAAAACUGUUUUUAAAAAAAAAAAAUCUGCAUUUUUAAUAAUCACACCUGUGACAAUAAUGGAACUGCAGAGAUGAACAUGGGUAUUACAUAAUCAUCACGAGGAUCCUGUAAAAUUCUCGAACUUCUUGUGCUUUGUAGCUACAGAACUUUUUUUUGUCCUCUAGAUAUAUUCCUUUUAUAAAAUAAAAUAUCUUUUGCAAUAGGUUCCAGGUAGACAGCUAUCUGAUUUGGAGCCGCAGUGUUUCCAAAAGACAAUGUGUUGUGAUGCUUGGAACUGUGCCCCACCUCCCUCUUUCUCUUGUUACUGUUUUGCCUGUUUCCCUGCAUUAUCACGUUUGCUGGACUCAGAGCGAAUAAAUUAUAUUAUAACAAUAUCUAUUUUUUAUCAUUUCAGACAAAUAAAACAGUUCUUUGGGUGGGAGCGCAUUUCUUGCUGCGUCUGCUUGUUCGUGAUGCUGCAUGUUCACACAUUGCUGUAUAAAACCAUUCUUUUUUUUUUCUCUCUCUUUUCUGUGGCUGAUUAGAUUGACACACAUUUCAGGUCAACAAUGAAAAGCACAGUUCUCACAUAACAUGCACACACUCAAACACAAUAGGUAAAUAUGAAACAUUUCUUAUCUUGCCAUGCCUAUAUGUUAGCCCUCAUCUAUCUCAAAAUAUCUAUGUAGCCCUCUCUAUCUUGUCCUUUUGAUUUAAUGUUUUCAAAAGAAAGCAAAUGUAAACAAAAACAAUAUACUUGGUUUUUGGCAUUCUGCUCGGUACCUUCAUUUUUUUUUAAAUUCUGUCCUCAAAUCAGUGAAUGCUUUUUUUCAAUGGAGCUUUUUCUCUCUCUCCCUCCUCUUUAGUGAAUGGUUGUUAUUUCAUGUGGGAUGUCCGUGAUGGAAAAAACAAUCGAAUGUAGUGUUUACAUUAAAAGCCACUGUUUUCAUGACUACAAAAACAAAA